AUGGAAAAGUCUCAGCUGCUCCUCUGGGACUUCAGCAUUGCAAUGCUCCAUCACCCAAAGACGCUCCGAGCCACGGCCCGUCAACGUAGCAGCAUUGUGACAACUUCCGGUCGACACCGUACCGAGACUCUUGCAUCCAGCCGGGUACGAUACGACUCGAACCGCACAGACAACAAGGCUUUUCCACAGGAUAGCUGGUAUAAAUACAUGGCUGGCUAUGAAAAAGAAACGCGUGAAUUCUCCAGACCUCGGUAA